CAGAAGGGAGAAAAAUAGGAUUAGUUUUGUAAAUUUAGGUGAUGAUGGGGCAGAAUUCAAAAGUUUUGAAUUUCAAUUUUAUCCCUUUGUCUCUAGUAGAAAAAAAAAGGUAUUUUUUUACAAAAUUCCUAAAAAGAUCCACAAAACAAGAGAAGAAUGGAUUCGAGAAAGAAGACGGGAAGAGGCAACGACGACGAACAGGAACAAAUCGAGCAAUUGUUACAAGCAGCUCAAGACGAUCUUAUCCUCAAAUUGACCCUCGAUUCUCACAUGUCUCGUGUUUCCCCAAACUAUCUCCAUUCCGAUCUCGAUCGCCGUUUCCAAGCCCUAAGAUCGCGUCCUUCCUCCACCGCCGCCGCCGUUCCCCGCAAUCCUCGCUCUUCUCACCCGCAUAUUCAGUCCGAUUCCUCGUCCCGACCCCCGCCGCCGAUUGAAAAUCUCGUCGUCGAUGGCGAAUCUCAGUCGAUUCUCGGCGACGAUCUUGCUGCUAGAUUCGCUGCUCUGAAGGCGUCUUUGCCUUCCUCGACUACUCCGCCUUCAUCCUCGAUACCUAAUGAUGUUGAUAGCGCGGACGAAGAGGAUGAGGUUGAGAAGCUGAUUCAGUGGGCUAAGGAUGCCGCUCGACUCGAUCCUUCGCCUCCAUCUGAGGAAGACGAUGAAGAAGAGGAGUUCAUCAGUUCCGAUGAAGAUGUCAACGAUCGGAUAAAAGAGCGUCGGAAAAAGAAGGCCGGAUGAGCGUCGAUUGAAACUGCUGUCUGUUCGUGCAGCAUUAUUCGAUUCACUGAUUUUGUGGCAUUUUAGAAACUGGAGAUUCGCACAUUGGAUAGAUACAAUCCGGAUUUUGGUUGAACUAGAUCGUGAUAACGGAAGCCUCUCCGGCGCGGCGUCUCAAAUUACAAGUUGAAGUACGUAGUCUGUUCUUCACUCAAUCAAUUUAGUAUUGUUUGAUACAAUAAUGAAUUAAGUUUUAUUUGAAAUGAAAAAGAAAAUUGAAAUAUUUAUUUUA